UCCUACAAGUGAAUACAAUCCGUUCAUUGACAACGUAUGUAGUCAAGUCAAUUUUGUAUUGGAAUUAGAAAAUAAUUUGUUCCAUAGAUCAAUUUCUUUAGGAAAAUGUUUUGUAUAGAAAAAUGUUAUUAACACGAUUCAUUGUUGUAUUUUUAAGUAUAUAUGCCGCCCACCUAAUAAAACCGGCAAUUGGCAAAAUCAACAGCAAAAACAAUGCCAUCAUCGACGACAUUGUGGAAUACAAAGAUUUUAAGAAACUGUUGCGCACCAAAACCAACGUUUUGGUCUUGUACACAAGCAAUGUUAAGCAAUCAGCCGAUCAUAUCAAAGUUUUCAAGGAGACAGCGGGUAUUGUGAAGGGAACGGGUACAAUGGUGUUAAUGGAUUGCUCAAACGCUGACAAAAAGAAAUUGUGUAAAAAACUAAAAGUUAACCCAGACCCGGUUACAUUGAAACACUAUAAAGAUGGUGAUUACCAUAAGGAUUAUGAUCGCAAAAUGGCUGUGUCAUCAAUGGUGAAUUUUAUGCGUGACCCAGCUGGAGAUCUGCCAUGGGAAGAAGAUCCUGCUGGCAAGGAUGUAAUACAUUUUGGCGAUUAUGCCUCAUUUCUGAAACAUUUGAAAAAGGAUAUGCGUCCCAUGUUGGUUAUGUUCUAUGUUCCGUGGUGUGGUUUUUGUAAACGACUGAAACCGGAUUACUCUAAGGCAGCAACGGAACUUAAAGCAGAAGGAUAUGUCCUAGCGGGAAUGGAUGUGGAGAGGCAGGAAAAUGCAUUGGCAAGAAGGGCGUACAAUAUAACAGGUUUCCCGACAAUUAUAUACUUUGAAAAUGGAAAACUGAAGCAAAUCUACGAGGGUGACAACAAUAAGGAUGGUAUUGUGUCCUUUAUGCGAGAUCCCACGUCGGUUUUGAUCAAAAAACCCAAGGAUGCAGACUGGUCUGCUGACACCAACUCGGAAAUUGUUCAUCUAACAAAGCAAAGCUUUGAACCAGCCUUAAAAGAUGAAAAAUCCGUAUUGGUGAUGUUUUAUGCUCCAUGGUGUGGUCACUGCAAACGCAUGAAACCGGAGUAUGAAAAAGCGGCCGUGGACAUGAAACAGAAAAACAUCCCCGGCGUGCUGGCAGCAUUAGAUGCCACAAAGGAAUCUGCCAUUGCUGAGCAAUAUGGUGUCAAAGGUUAUCCAACGGUGAAAUACUUUGUCAAUGGUCAAUUUAAAUUUGAUGUCAAUGUUCGGGAUGCCGAUAAGAUUGUGGAGUUUAUGAAAGAUCCCAAAGAACCGCCACCACCACCACCGCCCGAAAAGAAUUGGGAGGAGGAAGAAGAUACCGAGGUUGUAUUUUUAAAGGAUGACAAUUUUUCGACGACUUUGAAACGAAAGAAGCAUGCAUUGGUAAUGUUUUAUGCACCAUGGUGUGGUCAUUGUAAAAGUACAAAACCAGAAUUUAAUGCAGCUGCCAAAGCCUUAAAAGACGAUUCUCGCCUAAUUUUGGCAGCUGUCGAUUGCACACGGGAAACUGCUGUAUGCUCACAGCAUGAAGUCCGUGGUUAUCCAACCUUCAAGUAUUUCUCAUAUUUAAAAACUAAACAGGAAUAUAAUGGCGGCCGUAAACGUGAAGACUUUAUUGCAUUUAUGAACAAAGCCAACGAAUCAGCUGUGCCUAAAUCAAAAUCCGCAGAACAGCAUGAAGAGUUGUAGUAUUGAACUCAAAACAUUUACCUAUUUUGAAUUUAUAAUAUUAUGAUAACAAACAAAAAACUGUGACACUUUUUUCUACAAUGUUCAUACCUAUAUAUUUUUUAUAUUUUUAUACGCUAUUCAUUCCUAUAAUGCUUUUGUACCCUCCUACCGUCUACCUAUAUCACGAUAAUCUCACAACAUAAAUCUCAAAACAAUUCAGUGUUAUUGUGUAUAUCUCAAAUAUUGUUAAAAAAGAACAAGUUUUUUAUAUAUUGGUCGUCUUCCUAUUUUUCAUAUUUUAAUGCGUAAUUCAUUCCCAUUUGAAAAAUGUUGUAUUGAAAUUUAUUUGGAAAAUAAUAAGAAAUAAAAACAUCUACCAUGCAAAUAACAUAUUCUAUUAAGAA